AUGCGAGUGUUGAGCAAGCAAUUGAACCUUAGUCCUCUGGAUCCCUACCACCGUACUCUAAGUAUCAAAUAUAUUAUUUCAACGCCAGUAAAGCAGUUUGAUUCAAAUCAUGAAUUCCGUAAAUCUUACAAAUUCCGCUAUGGUGAAAUCAAUAGGUACAUUUCUUCCUUUAACUGGAAACUAACCUUCUCUGAACUCUAUUUAAACUUCUCUGUUUACGCAUUAUACGAUGCUCCUCACUUUACUGUGCUUAAAUACAUUCCUAAGUCCACAUUUAAUGAAUCCAGUUUUCCACCAUGGGUUUCUAAGCACAUGAAAGAUCUUAUUUUAAAAAAUAAAAGGAAAGAGCACAUUCACUCUUUAAAUCAGGUUCCCUAG